AUGGGCAUGGGGCGUCGCCUGCACGUGGGGGAAGGAGGCCGCAGCGAGCGCGAGGACGACGCCGGAGCGGCGCUGUGGACGCCGAGGAGGGAGGUCGGGCACGGAGAGCAGGGGCCCGAGGCGACGGCGGCCUCGCUCGGCAGCGACAGUGGCGAGGUGCGGCUAGGCGGGGCUCGGGCAUGGGCGGAGUGGGACGGCCGUGGGAUGGCCGUGGGCGGCGACCGGACGAGAGGGGAAAGAAGAGGGGGGGUCGUUGCUCACCCCCGUUGCAGGGGAUCUGGGGCGGCGAGGCUCGCUGGAGCCGUUGAGGAGGAAGACGGGGACGAGGCGACGACGGAGAGGACGCCGUCGAAGGAGUCCGGCGAGGAGUCGAGGAGGGGGUCGGCAACGAGGCAACGCAGGGGAGGAGGCGACGAGGUUUCCGAGCGGCGGCGGUGCUCCGGUGACGGCGGGGUCCAGCGGCGGGGAGGCGAUGGCGCCGUUGUUUCGGCGGCGGCGGCGGGUCGAUCCCUCCGAUCCAAUCGGGGGGCAGGGGAGGGGAGAUGUGGAUCGAGGGAGAGAGAGGCGUGGGGAUCGUGGGGAGGGGAGUGGGGCGACCUGUAG